AUGCUUUGGGAAGUUGCACUCAUCGUUUCAUUCGAACAAAUCGGUCCGAAACAGGAUCGAACAGGUUAUAGUUAUGUCUUUAGGUGUUAUAGCUCUUUCAAUUGUGGAGAUUACAGCAUAGCUGUAAUUGUGGUCAUCGGAGCCUUUUCGUACGCAUUCUACCUUUGGUACCACGAUGAAAGUCAAAGAAAACGCAAGCCCAAGUUCGCUAAGGUUGAUGGACCAAUUCAAUUGCCUGGAGAAUUGAAAGGUGUCGAACCGUCACCGAGUGUUAAAGCAUUGAGAGCAAGAACACCUACUGGACGUCGUAAGAGCUCUGCGGCUGCUACGCCAUCCGAGCAUAGAAGCGAGAAUGAUGAUCUACCUGUUGCAAUUCCAUUCAGUAGUGCUGAACUAGAGAUAGAAUACGGUAAGGAUCCUACCGCUCGUUCACCUGAAAACCUCGAACACGUGAAGCCCGCUCAACUUUUUUCACCUGAGGAUACCAACGAAGAAAUCAAAGUGCAUACGACACCUAUAAGGCCGAAAAAACCUGAGAAAGACAGUAAUUCAACAAAAACCGCUAAACAAGCAGAACCUAGCGCCGUGAAAUUGCAAGAAGAGUCGAAGACAACUACAGCGCGACAAGAAGACGUCAUGCCGGUUGAUUCCAUGCAAAAGGAAGGACUGAGAGAAGAAUUGAUGAGAAAAGGCCUGGGAGAGGCAUUAGAUUCAGAAUCGGACAUGAAAGACAAGGAAUCACAAUCACCGCUCUUAGUACCAUCACGAACAGCAAGUGAUACAAGCGUCAUGAAAACAUCGCAUUGUUACUGCAGAAUAACCAACAAGAGCAAACCGCUCAAGGACAACUCUUGCCUCUUUGAUCCUAAUGUUAAACUAAAAUUAGUGCCGACAGAGACUCACCCCAUCACUUACUCACGCUACAAUCCUAUUCGUCUUAUAGAUCCAAUAGAUAGUAUUACGGAGCUCACACAAAAACCUUUGGAAAAUGAUCCUGGAAUUGAAGAGCAGAAUUUUCUUACACCAUUUUAUCCUAUAGUUCAUGCUAUUUCCUAUGCACAUUGGCAUGCAAAAAUGAUCGAUGAACUUAUCAGAAACAAAGACUUUGUCGAAUAA